GCCCGUUGGAGCGGGCUCCGGGAUCGGGACAGCUAACCGCCCCGGCAGGCCAGGGCCUACCGAGGAGGGCCCGAGACCACGGAGCAACUGCGGCUGGCACGCGAACGUCUCGGGGUGUGGGAGCUGCGAGGGCAGGGGUCCUGGGCGCCAUUGUUGGCCGCCAGCGAGCCGGCCGGACCUCGUCUGCCCUCAGAGGCGCUUCUCCCGCCGAGAGGAGGCACAGCGAGGGGCCGUCGCCACCCCGUGGCCCAGUGUCGUGAAUCGUGUGCCUCCUCUACCGCCCGCGUCGGGCCGCCGGGACCAUGUUUGACAAGACGCGGCUGCCGUACGUGGCCCUUGAUGUGCUCUGCGUGUUGCUGGCUUCCAUGCCUAUGGCUGUUCUAAAUUUGGGCCAAAUAAGUCCAUUUCAGAGAGGCUUUUUCUGUAAAGACAACAGCAUCCAGUAUCCGUACCAUGACAGUACCGUCACAACCACUGUCCUCUCCGUAGUGGGGCUUGGUUUACCCAUUUCCUCUAUGAUUAUUGGAGAAGCCCUGUCUGUUUACUAUAACCUCUUGCACUCGAAUUCCUUUAUCAGGAAUAACUACAUAGCCACUAUUUACAAAGCCAUUGGAACAUUUUUAUUUGGUGCAGCUGCUAGUCAGUCCCUGACUGACAUUGCCAAGUAUUCAAUAGGCAGACUGCGCCCUCACUUCCUGGAUGUUUGUGACCUAGAUUGGUCAAAAAUCAACUGCAGUGUUGGUUACAUUGAAAACUACAUAUGUCGAGGAAAUGCACGGAAAGUGAAGGAGGGCAGGUUGUCUUUUUACUCGGGCCACUCUUCAUUCUCCAUGUACUGCAUGCUCUUCGUGGCACUUUACCUUCAAGCAAGGAUGAAGGGAGACUGGGCAAGACUCUUACGCCCCACACUGCAAUUUGGUCUUGUUGCUGUGUCCAUUUAUGUGGGCCUCUCUCGAGUUUCUGACUACAAACACCACUGGAGCGAUGUACUGACUGGACUCAUUCAAGGAGCCCUGGUUGCAAUAUUAGUUGCAGUGUAUGUAGCUGAUUUCUUCAAGAACAGAAAUUCUUUUAAAGAAAGGAAAGAGGAGGACUCCCAUACAACUCUGCAUGAAACACCAACAACAGGGAAUCACUUUAGGAACAGUCACCAACCUUGAAGGUAGCAGAGUGCCCAGAUGAAGCUGGCCCGCUUUCUAAAGGAAAAUGAUUGCAACCAGAAGACAAGAGGAUGAGUUUUCUUCAUGGUGUACAAGCCUUUAAGGGACUGCUGCUGCUAUACCUCUUGGAUGCCCACUUUACCUGUGUGUAUAUAGUUACAUUUAACACAGUGGUUCUCUAAUAGCUCUAAGUUCAUUAAAAAAAAAAAAAAAAAUUCAAGCCUUUCACUAAAACAAUGCCCACCUGUACAUUUUUUAUUAAAAAAAAAAUGUAAUGCUUAUGUA